CGAUACGGAGGGAUGGAUUUUAUACCAACUUUACCAUAUCCCAACAGAAAUACGUAUACGAGUAUACGACGUCGCUGUACUCUGUAUAUCACUAUAUUGUACAGACUACAGAGCUAGAGUAGCAGAGACGAGAAUCGAGAGACGCCUCUUUUGACCUCAGCCAAAAAGCUCUUCUCCGCCGUUAAACUUAACGGCGCCCCGUCACCGAACCCGACCGGCCUCAUCUGGUGCAGGUCUCACUGUUGUUUUGUCCGUCUCUUUAAACACCUUCCGUUUUCCUCUUCCCUUCCUUCCUCUCUUUCUCUUUUUCUCUCUCUCUCACAAAUUGGGGAUCGAAUGUUCAGGUCUCUGUGCUCGGCGGAUUUCAAGCUCCCUCCUUUAGGUAAUUCUCGAAUCUCUGGCGAUUACCCUUUUCAGGCUUUUAGGGUUUGGGUUGAUUAGAUUGGUUUCCGAAUCUCUUUGCCACUCCUUUUUUUUUUUUUUGCCGUAUUCUUUAAGCGUUUCCCUGAUUGGACUCUAGGUGAUUUGUUUAUAUGCUGUUGGUUGUCCCUCCACCUUGAUUUUGGUGUGCUUGCUCUGUGAUUGUUUACUCAGUUAAUCGAAUGGCCUUCUGGGUUUUCUAUCUCUCCAAAGUUUGUAGCUUUGGACAUAAUGGACUAUUUUUCCCUGUGAACAAGAAUGAGACUGGUAGCUUGGGUUUAUGUUUUUGGGUUAUCUUGGAAUUCAUAAUCUACUGUGGUCUGAGCCAGCUGAUUGCCUGCUGGAGAGUUUUUCAUAUUGUCUGAGCAGAGCUGAUGUUCUGUUGCUUCACAAGAAUGUGCCAUGGCUACAAUUUUAGCUGUUCAGUUUAUGUUUUCGUGGAUUCUUUAUCUGAUCUUUGUUUCUCUUUGGCUUGUUCCUGGCUAGGUUCUUGAUGUACUUGAUGUUGUUUUCUUCUGGUUUUUGAAUUCCCAUAUGAGCUGGGGAAGUUGUGGGUAUUUGAAACCAUGAAGAGGUUGAUAAGCUGCUUGUUUGGGUUCGUUGACUGAUUGAGGGCUUUGUUUUUGUGGGUCGCAUCUGAUUUUGUAAAGAUGUCAGUGACCUUCUGACGUGGUCCUGGGAUUUUGAGAAUCAAGGCCCUCAAAAAGGAAAAAUUGGAAACAAAGACAAGAGAGAAAUGGGGGAAGCUCUCAUAACGACAUUGUCUAUGGAGAAUUAUCACCCUUCUACGCUUUUGUCAAUGGAUUCUGGUUCCUUAACCCACGACGAAUUGGAGAGAGAGUUGAAUCGGCCUUUGAUUCUAUCGAGGCCACCUGAUAUCAAUCUUCCAGUAUCAUCUGAGCCACCUUCCCCUUCUCUCCUGAAUUGGAAUGAUUCAUGUGACAUCUUAGAUUUGGGUCAUGCUCCUCCAGUUUAUGAGGUUGAGACUACCGUCACCGUGCCCAAAGCUUCGAAGAAAUGUACAAAGAGGCUCGACAGUAUUUGGGGCGCUUGGUUCUUCUUUACCUUCUAUUUCAAGCCAGUUUUGAAUGAGAAGUCAAAGUCCAAGAUAAUAAAGGAUAGCAAUGGCGUCUCUGGGUAUGAGAAGUCAGAUCUCUACCUCGAUGCAUUCUUGGUGCAGCACGAUAUGGAAAAUAUGUACAUGUGGGUUUUCAAGGAUAGGCCUGACAAUGCUUUGGGUAAGAUGCAGUUGCGGAGUUACAUGAAUGGGCACUCGCGUCAAGGGGAGCGCCCAUUUCCAUUCAGUGUUGACAAGGGCUUUGUCCGGUCUCACAGGAUGCAGAGGAAGCAUUACAGGGGUCUGUCUAACCCGCAGUGCCUUCAUGGUAUCGAAGUUGUGCGCACACCAAAUCUCACGAAUCUUGAAGAGGAAGAAAGGAAAAGGUGGGUAGAGCUCACUGGCCGUGACAUAAAUUUCUCCAUCCCUCCUGAAGCAAGUGACUUUGGGUCUUGGAGGACACUACCCAAUACAGAGUUUGAGCUCGAGCGUCCCCCUCUGCCAUUGAAGAUUAAUGGGCAUUUCCAUCCAAGGAAAUUGCUUAACGGUACUGGCUUGAAUCUUUCUUCUCAGACUUCAGAUCAUAGUGGUGAAGUGAUGGACCUCUCUCCGGUUUGCAAUAAUAAAAGGAAGAAAGACUGUUCUCCUCAUGCAAAUGAGGAUGACUGUCUGCAUAUCAGUAAUGCUCACGUCGAGAGGGUAGACAUGAACAUCCAUCCGACUGAGCUGGCAUGGCUCAACGACUUCAGCGGGGUGAUGAAAAAUAUCUAUGGUCCCGUUACGGCCGCAAAAACCAUAUACGAAGACGAAGAAGCAUUCUUGAUCGUUGUCAGCUUGCCCUUUGCAGACCUGGAAAGGGUGAAAGUCACCUGGAGGAACACCAACAGUCACGGAAUAGUGAAGAUAUCUUGUGUAAGUACUGCACGCAUGCCAUUUAUUAAACGGCAUGAUAGGACGUUUAAACUGACAGAUCCAACUCCGGAGCACUGCCCACCUGGGGAGUUCGUAAGGGAGAUUCCCCUCCCGAACCGCAUUCCUGAAGAUGCUAAACUAGAAGCCUACCGCGAUGAGACGGGGACGAUGCUGGAGAUCAUUGUGCCGAAACAUCGCGUGGGGCCAGAGGAACAUGAGGUCCGUGUGUGUCUUCGCCCUUCUCCUUUGAGCGAGCGAUCCUUCAUCGACUUGAAGGAAACAUCAGGUUGAAGCUCUCUGGACUGGUGGGGGGAUGCUAGAAUUUGUCGGUGGGUUCUUCUGUUUAUUGUAAGGGGAGAAUUCAUACAAUAGUAUUUGGCACUCUUGUUCUAGGGUAUUAUCGUUGCUCUUUUCCAUUUUCCUUUCGUCCUUUUUUCCUGGGUUCCAGUCUGUAGAUUGAUACAUGAAUCCUCUAUGUUUCUAUAAUUGGUGGGUAAUUUAGCUGGUGUUUCAUUGUCGCAAUACACAGGGAGCAUCUUCCAUUUCCCAAAGGGAAGGAAUGAAUAGAAAACUGCAAU